GCGGUGGCUGUUCCUGCCUCGCGAAGUCUAGCGCGGGCGUACUUCUUCUACCUCAUGCCUGAUGGGGAUGGCAGCCUAAGAAAUGCGUGUUCUUUUUCAAGCAACUUCACGCCGGGAGUGGAGCUCGUCGUUCAGAGCAACUUGUGUUCAUUCCGAGUAUAGUCAAAGUCACUGAAAAUCAGGGGGAGCAUCGAAGGAUCUACAAAUCGAAUCGCGAGUCACGAACCUCAAGGGGGUGUAUGCACUCAGCCUCGAAAUCCCAACUCAAAUGGGCAAACUACCGCUCGACGCAGCAGGCUAUCACCGUUGUCAAUAUUGUCAGAAUGCCGUUGUUGAUGCUACACCUCGCGUCACGGGGAUCCAGAACCGCCUGUCACGUAUUUCUUUCUCGAAGCAGGGCAACCAAAAGACAAGUUGGCCUGUGCUUGAGCUUUCCAUAUCUGGCGCGCGCAUGGCGUAUAAAGCUGGUUGUGUACUCUUACAGCUCUUCGGUCCCCAUCUGCUGCCUGCUCUCGACUUCAGCGCAGUCAGACUCUCCGAUAAGUCCGUUCAAGUCUCAGUAGAAUAUAUGAGCGCUGGACUUCUGCCAAAAGAGCCCUCUUGUUCUCUAAUAAUUAUGUCCAAGCCUUCAAAAACAAAGCUUGGGGAGGACUCAUUCUUCAAUCCAACGGAAAUGUUCGCGCCACAAGGUAGUUUGGCAUCAAAGUGGAUCCCCACAAUACCCAACAGCGACUUUUGCUCCAAACCAAGUUUGGAGUUCGUCCAGAAAUGCCUCUUAGACUGUCUUGAGAAUCAUGCUCGAUGCAAUCAGACUGCGAACAGCCGGUAUCCGUCCCGCUUGCUCGAUUUGGAUUCGUCAUCUUCUGGCAAGGACAGUGUGUUUCUUACAACACCGAAAGGCCGACCGCCUUUUGCGGCCCUGAGCUACUGCUGGGGUGGAGAUAUCGGAUUCAAAACCAAAGAGUCUACAAUCGCCAAGGCGCAGGCAGGACUUAGCCUAGCAAAACUUCCUCAAACGAUUCAAGACGCUGUAUUUGUUUGCCGAGGGGUUGGUCUCCACUACCUGUGGGUAGAUAGGUUGUGCAUUAUCCAUGACAGGGAGGUAGAUUUCACUGCUCAGAUGGACAGGAUGGGCGAUAUUUACUCCCAGGCACGGAUUACCAUUGUUGCAGGAAAUUCAGCAACGAGCGAGGAAGGGUUCCUGAAUCCUCGAUUGUCACAUAUGCCUCGGUCACUGCAACUACCCUUCAAUUGUCCGACUGGGGAAGGAAGUAAGGUUGUGAUAUCCCCUCGCCAACAAGAGAUCGAAGUAGUUAACUCAAGAGGUUGGACGCUGCAAGAGAGUCUUCUUUCACAGAGGCUUGUCUUCUACGGCUCCCGCCAACUUGAAUGGACAUGUCGAACGGUUUCUAAGGCAGAUGGUGGACACCCAUCUCUCUAUCUUGUCGGACUGUCACGCCACGAGUCUGCGCAUUUUAGCAAUUCCAUAUGGGACGCAGGCGAGAAGCACGAUCUUAUUUGGCCGAUGUGGAUUCAACUGGUGAAGCAUUACACACAGCGGAAUCUCUCUCACCUAAGUGAUAGGUUGAUUGCGAUAUCAGCACUUGCCAAGAAAGCGAAUGAAGCUCUCCGAGACAAAUAUCUUGCCGGUAUAUGGCGGGGUGACCUUCUGAGGCAGCUGCAAUGGCGGCCACAGAGACUUGGAAUUGCACAGCCAGACGAAAUCUACAUUGCACCUUCUUGGUCUUGGGCAUCUCUGGAGGGCGAAAUUGACUGGUAUGUUCCCAAAUCUUCCGAAAUCGAGGGUGAAAUCAAGGUUAUAAGCUGCAAAGUUGUGCCGGUCUCUCCCGUUGCGCCUUACGGUGCUCUGUCUGGGGGAGAUCUCACAAUAAGAGGGCGAGCUAUAAGUGGUCACUUUAGGCUGGACAAUAACUGGAGCAUGAGAACAAUGAUGUUCGGAACACUUUUUGAAUUUAAGUUCUACCCCGACACCGACGAGUUUUUAUUCAAAGGUUUCGAUGAUGUGAAUAGGGUUAUCUGCUUCACGCUGCUCCCUAUCUCGAAGGAUAAAAACUGGAACAGGACCUACCGUGGCCUUGUGUUGCAGGAGAACCAAGAUAAGGAAACUUAUAGACGUAUUGGUGUUUUUAUUGGCCCAUUGUGGAGAGAUGACGAGACGGUCUUCCGGGAUAUCCUCUACCUAAGAGGCUUGAGUGAUAUCACCAUUGUCUAGAGCAUCACAGAACAAUAUACAAGGGAUGCUAUAGC